AGCACGGACUCACCUGGGCCUGGCAGAGCUCCAACCUCAGCUGGCCUCUGUCGAGUCACCUGUGCUCGCGUCCCGUAACUGUCACCCGUGUGACGUCAGUGUCGCAGUUAGCCGUUAGCUUGAGUUAGCUGCUGUGUGAUGUUGAGAAAACGGGGCUGACUUGGUGUUUGAGUCCUCGGGUUCGGCUCCAGGUGUGCCGACGCCAGCAGCUACCUGUACCACACGGCUCCUGCUGUCACACACCUGCAGGUGUCCCACAGGUAGCUGCUGACGUCAGUUUUUUUUUAAGUGUCGCAGGCGCAGCAUCUCUGACCUGCUGGACUUUAAAUCCUGCAAAGGAUUUAAGAGCAGAGUCGGUGGGUGCCGGUGAGGUCACGUGUUUAAGAGUGGCACUGUCUUUAUGAUGAUGAUGAUGAUGAUUCUGGGAUGAAGCCUCAGAUUCAGGUGUGACGUUAGAAACUCUCCCAUAGUGAGACCAGAGCAUCCAGCAGGACCACAGGGACCCGCAGCCCGCCCACCAGACUCUGUUCGGUUUUUGUAGGAUUUUGUGUUCGGCUCGUUUUCGCGGGUCUCUGCUGGAGCAGCAGCUGGGUGUUCAUUUCUCGGAGUUUCCUGCGAAGUUCGGCCUGAGCUGGACUCCAUUGUGAGCAUCGGGACUCGGGGCUGGUAGCUCAGUGUGCAUUUUCUGCAGUUUUUACAAGAAAUGAAGGCUUUCUGGAGCUUUUUAGGUUUAAGAGUGAAGUCUCACUGACCUUUGACCCCAUAUCAGCCUGUUUGUGUCAGCAUCAACCAGACUAGGGAGAAACUUUUUUUCUGAUUUUAAUUCUUUCUGUUGGUUCGUUCUUAUUAUUGUUAUUGUUGUUGUUGUUUGUGCUUUAUGAAGGUUUAGCAGUGACUCGUUUUUCUGCAACGUGUUCAAAGAACAUAAAAUCAUUUCAACGUCACCAUAAAAAUCCAUCUCGCAGGUUCAGGCGCUGCCUGCUGUUUUUCUCUUUUAGUAACUGCUCACCUGGAGCUGUGCCUGUCUUUGGGUGUGAUUUUUCUUACCUUUGAGACUCACCUGUGUUUAUGUCUAGAAAGUAGAACCAGUGAGAAUGUGGGUUGGGGGGACAAAAUUGCUACCUGGUCGCAUAUAAACAUGGACACCUGUUUGAGAUAAACACCAGGAUGACAUCGCCUCUCACAGGUGUGUCAGUCUGGUGAGAGAUAAAGCCUCACCUUUGAAACGGUGACGCAGGUGUUUGCACGAAAACAUCACUUCAAUCCGAACCAACGUAACUUUAGAAGAAAGUGAAAGGGGCUUAUUCCCACGCUGCCAAUAUCACUGCACUACCCUCACACUGCCCACCCCCCACCCUCUCCUCCUCUCAUCAGCUUAUACCCAACAGUGUGACCCCCCCUCCCACUUCCUGGUGGUUUCAUGACGACCUUUCCAGAGUACAUCGCUCAGAAUGAGGAGCGCGACGGCGUCCGUUUCAGCUGGAACGUGUGGCCGUCGAGCCGGCUGGAGGCGACCCGGAUGGUGGUGCCGGUGGCGGCUCUGUUCACUCCGCUGAAGGAGAGGACCGACCUGCCCCCAAUCCAGUACGAGCCGGUUCUCUGUAGUCGCGCCACCUGCCGCGCUGUACUCAACCCACUCUGCCAGGUGGACUACAGAGCCAAGCUGUGGGCCUGUAACUUCUGCUACCAGAGGAACCAGUUUCCUCCGUCCUACGCCGGGAUCUCUGAGGUGAACCAGCCUGCCGAGCUGCUGCCUCUGUUCUCCACCAUCGAGUAUGUGGUUCAGAGGGGCCCUCAGAUGCCGCUGGUGUUCCUGUAUGUGGUGGACACCUGCAUGGAGGACGAGGACCUGCAGGCGCUGAAGGAGUCUCUGCAGAUGUCGCUGUCUCUGCUCCCGCCCACCGCGCUCGUCGGACUCAUCACCUUCGGACGCAUGGUUCAGGUGCACGAGCUCGGCUGCGAGGGUAUCUCCAAGAGCUACGUCUUUAGGGGGACCAAGGAUCUGAACGCCAAACAGCUGCAGGAGAUGCUGGGUCUCACCAAACCUUCGGCCGCUCAGGGACGAGGGCCGCAGGCGGCGCCACAGCAGUCAUUCAACAGGUUUCUGCAGCCGGUGCAGAAGAUUGACAUGAACCUCACCGACCUGCUGGGGGAGCUGCAGCGCGACCCCUGGCCUGUGACGCAGGGCAAGAGACCGCUGCGCUCACUGGGCAUUGCCAUGUCCAUCGCCGUGGGGCUUCUGGAGUGCACCUUUCCCAAUACUGGCGCACGCAUCAUGACCUUCAUAGGCGGCCCGGCGACGCAGGGGCCCGGCAUGGUGGUGGGAGACGAGCUGAAGACGCCGAUCAGGUCCUGGCACGACAUCGAGAAGGACAACGCCAAGUUCAUGAAGAAGGCCACCAAACACUACGAGUCUCUGGCCAAUCGAGCGUCCAGCAACGGUCACAUCAUCGACAUCUACGCCUGUGCCCUAGAUCAGACCGGCCUGCUGGAGAUGAAGUGCUGCACCAACUACACCGGCGGUUACAUGGUGAUGGCCGACUCCUUCAACACGUCUCUGUUCAAGCAGACCUUCCAGAGGGUUUUCACCAAAGAUGUCCAGGGAUCCUUUAAGAUGGCCUUCGCCGCCACGCUGGAGAUUAAGACGUCCAGAGAGAUCAAAGUGUCCGGUGCCAUUGGCCCCUGCGUGUCUCUGAACGCUAAAGGACCCUGCGUCUCCGAGAACGAGAUCGGCACAGGAGGAACCUGUCAGUGGAAGGUCUGCGGACUGGAUCCGAGUACCACGCUGGCGCUUUACUUUGAGGUCGUCAACCAGCACAACGCACCGAUCCCUCAGGGCGGCCGCGGGGCGAUCCAGUUUGUCACGCAGUACCAGCACUCGUCAGGCCAGCGACGCAUCCGGGUCACCACCACCGCCAGGAACUGGGCUGAUGCUCAGACGCAGAUUCAAAGCAUCGCGGCGUCCUUUGACCAGGAGGCGGCGGCCAUCCUCAUGGCGAGGUUGGCAGUGUACCGGGCAGAGACGGAGGAGGGGCCGGACGUGCUCAGGUGGUUAGACAGACAGCUGAUCAGACUGUGUCAGAAGUUUGGCGAUUACCACAAAGACGACCCGAACUCCUUCCGGUUCUCCGAGACCUUCUCCCUGUAUCCCCAGUUCAUGUUCCACCUGCGGCGUUCGCCGUUCCUGCAGGUGUUCAACAACAGUCCUGACGAGAGCUCGUAUUACCGACACCACUUCAACCGGCAGGACCUGACGCAGGCGCUCAUCAUGAUCCAGCCGGUGCUCUACGCCUACUCCUUCAACGGCCCGCCUGAGCCCGUCCUGUUGGACAGCAGCAGCAUCCUGCCCGACCGAAUCCUUCUGAUGGACACGUUCUUCCAGAUCCUCAUCUACCACGGAGAGACUGUGGCUCAGUGGAGGAAGGCCGGCUAUCAGGACAUGCCCGAGUACGAGAACUUCAAACACCUGCUUCAGGCUCCGGUGGACGACGCCCAGGAGCUGUUGCACACGCGCUUCCCCAUGCCGAGAUACAUCGACACGGAGCACGGCGGCAGCCAGGCUCGCUUCCUGCUCUCCAAAGUGAACCCCUCCCAGACCCACAACAACAUGUACACCUGGGGGCAGGAGUCCGGUGCUCCAAUCCUGACAGACGACGUCAGCCUGCAGGUGUUCAUGGACCACCUGAAGAAGCUCGCUGUCUCCAGCGCCGCCUGAGUGUGCCAUCGGCUCACCUGUCCUCAUCUGUUUGCUUUUUAUUUGUUUUCUUGCUGCCUAUGUUUCCAUGGCAACAGUUCACAAGCACCAUCAACCAAUCAGCAGCAGGUUUAGAGUUGUAACCUCACAGUGUAGAGAUGCUAUUGUUAAUUGGCCUUUUUUUUAAAAAUUAAGUAGCAUUUGAUUGGUUGAUCCUCUCAGACAGCGACAGUGAUAGCUUUCAAAAUAAAAGCCACUGUGUAGUUUUAGUCUGUGAAGCUUUUAUUGUGAAACAACAGCAGGAAGUGGUGGCCGUCGGGAGUUUUUCCCCCCUAAAAGGUUUCAAAUUGAUUUUAAAAUUUUAACAUGUGAUUUUUUUUUAAAUUUAGGAACAGGAAACAGGAAGUGAGGUGUUUUGUUUUUUUUAGAAAGCAUGUGAUGUCACUGAGCGCGCGAAGCUGUCUGCUUGUGUUUGAACACUAACCGAGAACGAGCGCAGAGGUUCACCUUGCCACUGUUCUCGUCUUUCUAAUAAAAUCUGCAGAAUUUUA